CUUCGUCCUAUGCUGGAUCUCAGAGUGUUGAACAAACACUUAAGGACAUACAAUUUCAGAAUGUUGACGCACGGCACUCUCUCUCGUUCAAUUCAUCAGAACGAUUGGUUCACAUCAGUCGAUCUGAAAGAUGCUUUUUUCCAUAUAAGCAUAUAUUCUCCGCACAGGAAAUUUCUUCGUUUCGCCUACCAGGGCGUGUGUUACGAGUUCACAGUUCUACCCUUCGUGCUCUCGCUGAGCCCGAGAGUGUUCUGUCUGUGUGCGGAGGCGGGGCUGGCGCCACUCAGAAUAGUGGGUCUAAGAAUCCUCACGUAUAUAGACGAUUGGCUGAUCAUAGCCAAUUCCGCGGAGGAAGUGAUGGAAGACACACGCCGUGUGAUCGUUCACAUCACCUCUCUCGGCUUCUCGGAAUCCUCUCUAUGGAGAUUGGCGUCUCCACCCUCAGGUAGUGGGCCUUCUGUGGCAGAGAUACGGCCAGGCGGCCGCAGAUCUCUUCGCCUCACAUGAAAACGCCCAUUGUCCUAUGUUUUUCUCGCUACGGGACGAGGACACACCCCUCGGCGUGGACGCGCUGGCCCACCUGUGGCCACGAGUGCUGCUCUAUGCGUUCCCUCCUCUCUGCCUGAUUCUGCCUAUCCAGGCCAGGGUGAGGGGUCAGAACUUGUCUCUUAUCCUGAUAGCACCCAGGUGGCCCAAAGCACCAUGGAUGGCGGAGAUUUCUCCUCUGUUGUAUGCCCAGCCAUGGCCCCUCCCAUUACGCACGGACCUCCUUGUCCCAGGCGAACAGAGAAAUUUACCACCACCACCCGGACAGGGUGGCUCUCUGGGCCUGGCCCGUGAGAGGGCGAACUUAAACACAUUUGGGCUUCCUGCUCGUGUUAUCACCACUAUUCAGAAUGCUAGAGCCGCUUCUACGCGGUCUCUGUAUGACUGUAAUUGGCACAUGUUUGAGGAGUGGUGUGAUGGGCGCAGGUUGAUAUCAUAUCAGUGCUCCGUUGCUGAUAUUUUGUGCUUUUUGCAGGACUUAAUAAAUAAAGGUAGAUCCUUUUCCACUAUUAAGGUCUAUUUAGCUGCUAUCGCUGUGUGCCAUGUCGGGUUCGAUGGCACAUCUGUAGGGCAACACCCUCUCCUUCGCAGGUUUAUGAAGAGCGCACGGCGCUUUCUUCCCACACCUGCUAAAACUGUGCCAGAGUGGGACCUCUCCAUGGUGCUGGAGUCUCUGUCUCGUCUGCCCUUUGAACCUUUGGGAGACGUUUCGCUGAAACAUCUAUCUUUCAAAACAGCAUUGCUUCUGGCUCUGACCUCUGCUAAAUGAGUCAGUGUUUUGCAUGCACUCUCUGUUCAUCCCUCGUGCACAAAAUUUUAUUUAGAUGGAAAUAGAGUUUUUCUUAGGCCUAACCCGGCCUUUAUGCCUAAAUGCUUCCCAGCAGUGACGUGUGAGGUGAUAGAGCUGUCCGCCUUUCACCCACCUCCUUUUUCCUCUGCAGAGGAUGAGAGGUUACAUGCUUUGUGUCCUGUGCGUGCCCUGCGGGUUUAUAUGGACAGGACUAAGACCUUUAGAAAGAGCGAUCAGCUCUUCAUUUCCUGGGCUCCCCCUCACACAGGGAAUCCCAUUUCCAAACAACGCCUCUCUCAUUGGCUUGUGGAAGCAAUAUCUAUGGCUUAUGAAUCCAUGGGAGUGCAGCCCCCAGGGGGCCUCAGAGCUCACUCUACCAGAGGUAUGGCUGCUUCGUGGGCUCUGUUCAGGGGAGUUUCGCUACAGGACAUCUGUGCCGCAGCUAGUUGGACUUCUCCUCAUUCGUUUGUCAGAUACUACCGGCUGGAUGUUACCAGGACCCCGGUAGCUCAUUCUGUAUUAGGGGUGGGUUCAUCAUAACCUUCUUUAACCCCGGUUAUAGCUUGGUGGGUCAGGCUAAGCGCUCUUAAGUCACCAGCAUCUCACUUGUUACACAUACCGGCUUUCGCUUGGCAUCUCACAUUUUUCCUAUGUGCAUUGCCAGCAUCACUUAUGUGUGCAUGCUAUCGCAUGUCACCUGUAAAACUGUUAUCUAGCUCCCUCUCUAUAUAUCUGGGUCGCUUUUUUGUGACGUGUUUGGCACCGCCCACACGGGUGACCGCCUUCUGGCUUGCGGACCUUUGUUGAGUGUAUUGGGCAACCGGGGAGCUGUCCAGUUCUCCCAUAGGUGGAUCUCGAAACGAGAUUAUGAUAGAGAACAAUAGGUUACUAUCGUAACCCUGGUUCUCUGAAACAUCGAGUGGAGAGAUCCACCAAGUUUGCCCCGCUUGCUGCACGAGAAGCGAAUAUGCUCACUGAGGAAAGGUAGCGCGUGCAGUAGCUUUUAUGCAUUAGGUGAGGGGGCGGGUCCUCACCUGGCAUAGGGCUCGCGCUCCUGUCUGUCUAGCCAAACUUGGUGCAAUUGGAUGCUUCUACAGAGAUCAGGUACGGAUGCCCUUCCCAUAGGUGGAUCUCUCCACUCGAUGUUUCAGAGAACUGGGGUUACGAUAGUGACCUAUUGUUC